AACUGAGUUCAGUGCAAUGGAGACGUUUUGGCAAGAAUGAAACUAUACAAUACGAUGCAAAACUAUAUGAAACAAAAGUCAAACUUGAUGAGUUCGCGUUGCACCACGCAUAGCCCACUUGGAAUUGUGUGGUUUCUGCCACAAGGAGACUGGACUUUGUCUUUAGGACUUCAGCCGACGUCAACACGGACGUCUAGACCUAAACACAGACGUCUAGACCUAAACACAGACGUCUAGACCUAAACACAGACGUCUAGACCUAAACACAGACGUCUAGACCUAAACACAGACGUCUAGACCUAAACACAGACGUCUAGACCUAAGCAUGGCUGCUACGCUGCCAUCUACACUGCCCAGACCAGACUGUCAUAUGGACAGGAGUGGGAGCUUCUUUAAGGUCUCAGAUGGACUCACAGACUCAGACCUAAGCAUGUCUGCUACGCUGCCCAGACCAGACUGUCAUACGGACAGGAGAGGAAGCUUCUUUAAGCUGAUAGACACGUUUGCGUUGGAGAUAGGGGAGCUGAAGCAAGAGAUGGUCCAGACCUCCCCAACAGAGGACAGAGACCCUAUGGUUCUACAGGGGUUGGAGGGGGAGUUGAGCGGGGUUUACCUCCAGUCCUCGCCCUGUGCUGGCACCAGUGGUGAAAGGGAUUCUGGGUACGACUCCCUGCGUAGGAGGAUGAGCGUGCUGGACAGACUGAGGCAUACGCACCCCGUGUGGCUCCUGCUCACUCUCAGUGACACGGAGGCCACACAUAUACUGCUGCAGCAGCCUCCAGGGGUAUUCCUGGUGAGGAAAUCAUCCACUCUUCAGAGGAAAGUUCUGUCUCUAAGGGUCAGUGACGAUGAUGCCUCAGGAGGAGCCGGCGUCUGUGACUUCCCUGUCACAGAGAGUCAGUACACCUUUUCUCUGGAAGGAUCUGGGAUCAGUUUUGCAGACCUUUUUCGCCUGGUGGCCUUCUACUGUAUCAGCAGGGACGUCCUUCCCUUCACCCUGAAUCUCCCAGAAGCCAUUGCAGCCUCCAAGACUCAGAAAGACCUGGAGGAGGUGGCCCGACUAGGAGCAGGAUUCUGGCACUCUGCUCUAGGCAGCCUGCGAAGGACAACCACUCCCUCUCGCCCUCCACCACAGCGCCCUGACAGAGACGGUGACAUCCAGGGUGCAGAGAGGACACAAGAGAAACAGAGUGCGACUUGCCACAACAGCGUUCCUCCAGCUCGUCCCCCUUCCUCCUCCUCCUCUCGCCUGGAGAGAAGCCAGUCCAACGGGGCUCUUUGCUUCGUCAACCCCCUCUUCCUCCAGACACACCGGCGGCUUGAGGAAGACCCUCAAUCCUCUUCCUCCUCUCCUUCCCCCUACGUCACACACUCCACCCCCAGCCCAGGAACUACCGGUGGGAAGUCUUCAGCCCCUGUCACGGACCCCAACGUGACCAGGAAGUCACGUCCACCUCGGCCCCCGCCUCCCCAUUCCCGCUUAUUCCCGCCCCCCGUUCCCUCUCCCAGCGCCGCCAAGCUCCCCCUCCCCCCACCUCUCUACCCCAGAAGCCCAAGAGCAGCAUGCCCGAAACGCCCGCAGCCAUUGUUGUCACCAGGCAACCUGCAACCUUCAUACAAUCAGAACCUUCGCCCCACCCCUCGCCCUCCCAUGGGUGCCAGGCACAGCAGCCAUUCCAAAAAGAUGACAAGCAGCGCCGCCAUCCCUGUGCCCCACCAACACCCUCAGCACCCUCCUCCCCGACGCCCCAAUAAACCUGACAUCGACGCCCACCGGUGCCACAUCGCUCUUGAUGACGAAACUAUCGCCAAGGCUCUGUCCCGUGCCAAGCUUCCCCCUUGCCAGACACCGGCCAUACCCACUCCCUCCAUAGUGGGAAAUGGUGCUGGUAGCCCUCCCAGCCCUCCGGGUAAGACCCCCAGGCGAGAGGGACAAGAGGGGAGGCUGAGCGACAUGUCCAUCUCCACCUCUUCCUCAGAUUCUCUGGACUACUCCCAGCGUCCCCUCUCCCUCCCCGCCAGCCCCCCUCUCAGAUUACGGCAUCACCUUGGCAACAACAAGGACAGCAGCGACGACGAAGACCUCUGUGACGAAGAAGAGGAAGACUACGGCGUCAGCCUGGAGAACGACCUGGACCAGGGCCUCCGUCCUCCCUUCAAAGCCCACCGGAGAGGGGUCGGAGUCGGGGUCAAAGUUGCGCUGAGCUUCCGGAAAGUUUCUGGAGUCUUCAGCACGUUCAUGACCCCAGAAAGGCGAGCCGUGAGGAGGAUAGCGGAGCUCUCCAGGGACAAGAGUUCCUACUUCGGAUGCCUGGUUCAGGAUUAUAUCAGUUUUGUACAGGAGAAUAAGGGGUGUCAUACGUCAGGCUUAGACCUCCUGCAGACCCUCAGACAGUUCAUGACCCAGAUGAAGGCCUACCUGACGCAGAGCUCCGAACUGGACCCGCCCAUCGAAUCCCUCAUACCCGAGGAUCAGAUAGACUCUGUCCUGGAGAAGGCCAUGCACAAAUGUGUGUUGAAGCCGCUGAAGGGCGUAGUGGAAGUGGCCCUGCACGACUUCCAGGUGAGCAGUGGAGGCUGGCAGCAGCUGAGGGAGAACCUGGCCCUGGCUAAGACCCGGAGGCCCCAGGACCUGGGUGUGGACGGGGCCGUGCCCCCUGACCCCAUGGCCAUCGAGAAGAUCCGCCACAAGUUCCACAACAUGAGGAAGAUGUACUCCCCGGAUAAGAAGGUGUCGCUGCUGCUCCGAGUGUGUAAACUCAUCUACACCAUCAUGCAGGAUAACUCAGGGAGGAUGUACGGAGCAGAUGACUUCCUACCGAUGCUGACCUAUGUCCUGGCCCAGUGUGACAUGCCUCAGCUGGACACUGAGAUCCUCUACAUGAUGGAGCUGCUGGAUCCCACACUGCUACAUGGAGAGGGUGGCUACUACCUCACCAGUGCGUACGGGGCCAUGGCUCUCAUCAAGAACUUCCAGGAGGAACAGGCAGCCAGGGUCCUCAGCUCCGAGGCCAGAGACACCCUGCACCAGUGGCACCGCCGACGCACCGCCCAGCGCACGGCACCCUCCGUGGACGACUUCCAGAACUACCUGCGAGUCGCCUUACAAGAAGUCAACAGCGGCUGCACAGCCAAAACCCUCCUAGUCCACCCGUACUCCACCACCGAAGAAGUAUGCUCGCUCUGCGCCUACAAGUUCAAAGUUCAUGACCCCGAGAACCACUCCCUCUUUCUCAUCACUGAGGCAACCAGUCAGCAGCUAGCCCUGGACACACACCCCCAGCGAAUCAAAGCGGAGAUACACAGCCACCCAAACUCGCAACCCUUCCAUUUUGUCUACCGCAGAGUGCCCAACCUUAACCUGUGUAUACCAGCUAACCAGCACAAUGGCAACUGCCUACUGCCUAGCCAAUUGGAUGAAUGAAACUGAAUUGAAAUGAAAUAAAACCUUAUUGAUCCCUAGAGGGGUCAUUGGAUUUUUCACUAGUGUACAAACACAUACAGGAACAAUUCAGACUCAUACAUCAGCACACAUAUACCUGAGAGAGCACUGAUGGAUGGUGGAACAAGUACAAUACCUGACUGCUGAGACUGAGGCAGUCCUAAUAUGGACACCAACCGGGUAUGAUGGAAUGAUACUGAAUGGUGGUACUGAGGAUGUCCUAAUAUGGACGUGUAUCCAUAGAAUGGUAGUGAAUGGCGGAAAUUGAAAAAAUACACUGUAUAUUUCAACUAUAGAGUCAGAGAAUGUUGCUGUGUGUUGUGAAGGGAUCCUAGACUACUCAAUGGAAAAAAGUAGUUCCUAUUCUUCUAAAAGGAGACAGAAAGAGGAAGCAGGUGUGGAGAGAAGUGUCUGGUGUCUGCAUGCAUUUCACUCUCUUUUUCGGGAUACGGCACGUGAGCGUCAGGAGUUGGUUGGUCAAGUCCAGUGUCGGGUCAGCUUGGACUUUGUGUUUCCUAAAGAAGGAGCACAAAAUGGCCGCCGCAGAGCCCUCCAUACUCUGAUACGCGCGCUCUGAGAACUGACUGGCGUUUCUAGUAGUAUGUCUGGGGCCUGAAGUAUACUUUUUAAGAAACACCCUUGUGUGACUCUUUUGUGAGGUCUUCGGACCAGGAAGUUCUCUUACAUCACAUCCUCACGGUCUGUUUUCGUUACAAGGACAAAUGUACAUGCAUGCUCCUCUAGCAGAAGUCAGUGUAUCUGAUUGUCUUCUGCUAACACUGGGACCUGGUUAGAGAACGCUGAGUUUCUGCUCCUUUCCGGUGCUUGACUUGGGCAGGAGCUCAUCGGAGCUGAGUACCGGCACCUCAGAUGUUCUGCUCCUUUCCGGUGCUUGACUUGGGCAGGAGCUCAUCGGAGCUGAGUACCGGCACCUCAGAUGUUCUGCUCCUUUCCGGUGCUUGACUUGGGCAGGAGCUCAUCGGAGCUGAGUACCGGCACCUCAGAUGUUCUGCUCCUUUCCGGUGCUUGACUUGGGCAGGAGCUCAUCGGAGCUGAGUACCGGCACCUCAGAUGUUCUGCUCCUUUCCAGUGCUUGACUUGGGCAGGAGCUCAUCGGAGCUGACUACCGGCACCUUAGAUGUUCUGCUGCUUGAGCUCCUGUUCCUCUUAUACAAUAUUAGCUCAAAAGUAUUGUGGAGCCCCUGCACCUGAAUUUGAUCAGUACCGGCAGCCAGAAUCAAGUCCAGUGCUGCUGCUUUCUAUCCAGGUCAACACAUAGAGUGGGAUGACCCGACUGUGUGAUCUCACAGUUGUCUUUUACAUUACCUCUGGGGCUUGAUUCAAUCCGUAUCACCGAAAUUCAGCGCUAUAGCGGAAGGUUGACGUUUAUUGUCAUUGAGUCUUGCCCUGGGAGCAGCAGUGAGCGAUUUCCGCUAGAUGGGCCAGCUGCAAAGCCAAAAUGGUCUAUUUCGUAAAAAUUCAUGAAAACUAAAUGUAGCUUUUUGGUCAUAAUUUAAGGUUAGAGUUAGGCAUUCGGGUUAGCGGUUUGUUUAAGGUUUGAGUUAAGGUUAGGUUUUUAUGAUUUGUGGCUGUGCCAGCUAGUGACCACUCUGCAGAGCUGACUCCAGGGCAAGAUUCAUGACAAUAAAUACCGAUGCUUGAUUUCUGAUUGAGCAGACAAAAUGCAGUUUACUAUGAAUGCAGUCUCCAUAAACGUGGGAACAUUGCCAUUAAAUGUAAAUCGCGCUAUAACUUUGAACUUCAGCGAUAUGGAUUUAAUCGAGCCACCUCACUGGGCACAAACUGGUUGAAUCAACGUUGUUUCCACAUCAUAAAAAAAAAACGUUGAAACAACGUGGAUAGACAUUGAAUUGACGUCUGUGCCCAGUUGUCCUGGUGUGAUGUGUGAAGAAGCUAAACAGAUGCUUUGCGAUGGUUGUCUGGACUUUGAUGUGGAUUUGGCGACCCCUACAAGAUAAUUGAAGAAUGGCUUGCAGCAGUAUAGACAUCAUAUCAACUUGCGUACUCUUGAGUUUACAACCUAACUGUCAUUUGCAAUGCCAUUAUAUUCAAACAAAAGAGAAACCCGCACACUGCUCUUGCUGGUAUUACUUAUUUUGAAAUAUGCUUUAAUUAGAGCAAGAGCAAUGUGCAGGUUUCUCAUUUCUUUGAGGUUAUCAUAUUCCCUCGCACCUGCAACCAGAUAACUCAGAUGUGCGAGUGUUUAAAAAAAAUAAGAAAUACAAUCAUAUCAAAUUAUAUAAGUGAAUAUAUUUUUAUGUAGCAUUUUGUAUUAUUAUUUUCCUGCAGUUGCUGGUCAACUGUAGACAACGUAAAAGUGUAGAUUGUGUUUUUAUAGGAAAAUUAUAUUUUAUUUGGAUUGAAAACGUAACCAGUGAGUUCCUGAGAUCCUUUUCCCCACAUGCCGUACGAUUUUAUGCCAGUAAAUUAAACCAAUAAAUAUUUUGGAGACAGAAUCUGAAUUGACUCAACUAAACGUGUGUCUAUAUCAACUGCCUCAGCAAAUGGGAAUGACUGUAUUCAAAGUUGUACUGGAAAGUUGAUAUUGUAUUGGUUGACGAGAAUAUGCUAUUUUUGUUUCUGUCUGUUAUCUAUAGGGGUCACUGGCUGGUUCCUUAUCAGCUAUUGAGAAGAGAUUUGAAUCUAAACUAAUUUCCCCUUGAGGAUUAAUAAAGUACAAUCUCAUCUCAGUCAGUAUUAGUGUGUAUUACUGAGAGAGUUUGGUGAUCUCUAAAAAGAGAACGGUCAACCGUUUUGUUGAGAUAAGUAUUGUACAGUCAGUUGAUAUAAUGGUAACCAUUCGGUUACGACAUAACCAUUUCUAACCACUACUGCACAUACUGACAUUCUCCUCACACAUUUUGUGAUUGCUAACACCUGUAUGAUUGUCUUCCAUCACUGUUUUGCCCUUUUCAAAACGUGACGAGUAGAAAUGGAUAUGUAGUAUGUUCGAAUAAUAUUAUGGCACUUAAUGCUAUUCUUAAAACACUACUGCUAAACCAACCAAACUGUAUUUUUCAUCUUGUAUAUAUUCUGGGGGAUUUAAAAAAAAACAUGUAUUUUUCAAAUUGUAAUGCAAAGAAAGUUGGUGAAAUGACGGGGGUUGGGGGGUUAAAAUAUGCGAGAUGGUGUUGGGUGUCCUGUAGCCUUUCUUUGACUAUUGAACCCAUUAAAACUAAAACUCCCCAUGAUGGGGUUCUUUUGUUGACCCUGAGUGACCAUUUGUUGCCAUGUUGGACUAAAGUAGAAGUGAAUAUACUUUAAUAAGAAAUAACAUGCAUCUUAAAAUGUUACUCCACAAACAGUUACUGUCGUUUGUCUUUGAAUAAAAACACCACAAUGUAA